CCCGCUCUGUGGGUCAUGGUGCCCGCUCGCACCGACGUGCCCGCUGCGAUCCCCAGAAGCAAAGUGAAAUACUCAGCGCUCUCCUGCACUGACGAUGGACCCGUGAACCCUCAGGAGGAAACCUCGCCGGCUGAGCGCUGCUGUGAACCCCAAAGAUGCCCAGGUGUGGCGAGAUCGCGCUUGCUCCAGUUGAAGGAAAGCCCUCCGAAGACCCCUUACAAGGCCAUUGCCUGCUUCGCCCUGCAGUUUUUGAUGGGCGCCUUCCUCGUGGUCGCCGGCUGCCUCCUGCUGGCCGGCUCCGUCAGCCGAGUGGGACCCGCCCGGGCCGUGGCCGUUCUGAUCGUGGGCAUCCUGGUGCUGGUGCCCGGGUGCUACCACCUGCUCGUCGCUUGCCAAGCCCAUCGAGGCCGCCGUGGCUACUCCUACCAAGACCUUCCGGACUGUGGCGACUAGCGGAGCUUGGAGGCAUUUGGCAGCAGCUGUAGAAAUCCGUGUCGAAGGGUUAAGGAGUUCUGCAGUUUUGCAGCUACUGGCAAAACGACGGCCAGAUUUUAUAAGUCCCUGCCCAGAAUGUUAAAUGAAUUUACAAUGAGACAAACAGGAA